CUUAUUUAUGAAAUUUUCCAAAGCCUGAGAGAAUCGGAAGAGAGAAGGAAGCGAUGGAUGAGCAAGAGUUUCGCAGCCGUCUCCAACUCUUCCCCGUCGUGCGCUCUCGCGACUACCGUGCUGGUUUAGAUUCAUCAAGUUCAAAGCAAUCAACUACACACUCAGUUGUUGAGCGAGAGGAGGUAAGUGAGUGGCACGACGCACCCAGUGUUGUUGAGCCAGAAGACUUGAAAGAUCAAGCAACAUUCUGGGAUAAGCUGAAAGCGGCUGCUGAGAAGAAGGUUGGUGAGGUUGAAGCAGAGAGGUUUUGCAAGGCUUUCGAGAAACUUCACAAGAAACUUGUGUAUGAAGAGCUGGAUCCAGAAGCUGCAAAGCGAUACUUAUUAAACUCUUAAACAUUCAUGUCUUCGUUACUAUAUGCUUCCAAAGGUUUCAUUACGUGGAGAUAUUUCGACUCCCUUUUUUACUUUUUUUUAUUAUAGCAAUUAGGUAUGAGUGGUGAGUGGCCAAAAAUCUAUUCUCGUGUUCAUCUAAUUAUGAUUCUCAUCUUAUAGGGUAGAAAAAGUUAUGUUUGAGACAUGAUUUCUCUUCCUAUGUGGAAACAGCAAGUCUUUCCCAAAUUCUCCAUAUACUUAAUCGGGAUUUUUAAAAUUAA